UCUAUAAUUCUCUGCGCUUUCUCGUUCUCUUUCAUGGAUUAUCUUCAUUGUAUGUCUAUCAUCAUUUUAAGCCUCUUAAUUUCAGUAGCGACAACAACAACAACAGGGUUAAAGGCUUGCAAUUUUCCAGCUAUUUUCAACUUUGGCGAUUCUAACUCAGACACUGGCGGCCUUUCAGCGGCGUUCGGCCAAGCUCCUCCCCCUAAUGGAGAGACAUUUUUCCACAGCCCGGCCGGCCGUUUCUCUGAUGGUCGUCUCGUCAUUGAUUUUAUAGCUGAAGGCUUGGGAUUGCCUCAUCUCAGUGCUUUUCUGGAUUCAAUGGGUUCAAACUUCAGCCAUGGGGCUAAUUUUGCCACAGCUGGAUCAACAAUUAGGCCUCAAAACACAACCAUCUCACAAAGUGGGUACAGUCCCAUUUCACUAGAUGUGCAAUCCGUCCAAUAUUCGGAUUUCCAUAGAAGAUCUUCAUCACUAUCAAAACAAGGAGUAUUUGCGGAUUUGCUGCCCAAGCAGGAUCAUUUCACUCAGGCUUUGUACACCUUUGACAUUGGCCAAAAUGAUAUCACAUCCGGUUACAAACUAAACAUGACGACUGAUCAAGUCAAAGCAUACAUUCCUGAUGUCCUACGCCAAUUCUCUAAUGCCAUCAAGAAUGUAUAUGGUCAAGGAGGAAGAUCAUUUUGGAUACACAACACAGGUCCACUGGGUUGCCUGCCAUACAUUUUAGAUCGCUUUCUUGUUACUGCAGCCCAAGUAGAUAAAUAUGGGUGUUCAACUCCCUUCAAUCAGGUGGCUCAAUUCUUCAACACAAAACUUAAAGAAACAGUAAUUCAUCUCAGAAAGGAUCUUCCUUCGGCUGCAAUUACCUAUGUAGAUGUUUACUCUAUCAAGCAUACUCUCAUCACACAGGCCAAAAAACUAGGAUUUGAGAAGCCUCUAAUAGCGUGUUGUGGUCAUGGAGGGAAGUAUAACUAUAACGGGCACAGAAAAUGUGGCAGCAAGAUGACUGUAAAUGGGAAGGAGAUUUUGAUUGCAAAUUCCUGCAAAAAUCCAUCUGUUCGAGUAAACUGGGACGGGGUCCAUUACACGGAGGCAGCCAACGAGUGGGUAUUCAAUCAACUGGUAAAUGGCUCUUUUUCAGACCCACCACUUCCAUUGAGAAUGGCUUGUCAUAGAAUGGACCACUAAAAUCACUCUUGCUUUUCAAAACCACUUUUCAAAAGAUAAGUGGCCCAAUUUGUUUGAGCACGUGGCACGCAGCCUGUUAUGGGCUUUCUCUUUUUAAAUUAUAUUUGCUUUAAAAGAACAAUAAUUACUUGUUUAAUUUAAUGAAAUAAAUUAGGUAGAAUAGUGAACAAAUUUAGCUAAGAUGGUAGAAAACAAUAAGAAGAUCCAUUUCAGCUACAUAUUCAUAUGUAUA